AUGAGCUACAGGCUGCGGGAAGCGGGUAUAUCCUCUGCCGAGAUUGUGCAGAUGCUGAGGACAUUGCGCUGCAACACGUCAACAUCGCCGGAGGCAGAAGUUGACCCAUCGCUGAACGAGCGUGUAUGCAGCAUACUCCGUCGUGGCGCGCGGGAUUGCCAGCUACGCAAGCUGCACCAGUCCGUUGCUAACCUGGCGGAAACGCUGUCGGUGUUCACCGACGCCGGUGUACCCGAGCCCAUGGCCCGGGACAUCGUGCACAACAACCCGACGCUGCUCGCCCUAAGCAAGGCCGACGUCGAGGCGCUCUGCUCGGAGCUGCUGGCCUCGGGAGUGGACCUGGGCGACUUCGCGUCGAUUCUAUCGCAGCACUCGCCGCACGCAGCCGUGCCAAACAACCCGUAA